AUGGAUCUAAAGGGCCCCCUUGUCAACACUAAUCUUAGAAUAUAUCCUUCUCAAAAGUUAAUAGAGUUUAUUAAAACUAUUCCUGUAACAAAAGAAGUUCCUGGAAAUAUUGUUACAUAUAUUAAGAGUGAAAAUAAAACCAGUUUUGAAAUAAACUAUGAUGUUAUUGAUACAAAGCAAACUAUGUUGACAGAGACAGAUUAUAAUAUUAUAAAUAAAAUAAAAACAGUAGUUGAAUCAGAUGAAACAACUAAAGAUAACAAUGAAAUAAAAGAAAAUGUUAAUUGUAAUAAAGAUUCCUCUGAGUUAGAGGACAGAAAUGAUAUAGUAAAUAUACAAAGCAAAAAGGAAGAACAAGAAGAGGAUGUACCAUUCCUUACAACCUCUGAUUUAGAUUGGCUCUAUAUUUAUUUAAAAAGUAAACAUGACAAUGGUGAAAAAGCACCAUACUUACAUGCAUUAUUACAAUCAUCUGAAGUUAAAGUACCUCAAAAUAAAAUACUUAAAAGAAAUCCUGAUUUAGAAGCAAGGUGUGUCAAACUGCGUGCACAACAAGAGGCAAGGGAAUAUAGAAAAAUGACAAAAGGUGUAGAUAAUGUAAGGAUCCGUUAUCCUGAGGACAGUAUUUCUUAUCAAAUUAAGCAACUAAAUCGUCAUUUGAUUGCAAUUGGACAGUUCUUACUAUCAAUUUUUGCUGGUUUUCUCUUUGGAUUUCGGGGUGUUGAAUGGAUAGUUGGCAACUUAGACUUCGGAUUUAGGCUCUUACUUGGUGUUAUGUGUGCAUUAGUUAUUGCUCUUGCUGAAAUAUACUUCCUGGCUAAGAAACUGAAUGAAGAAUUAUCAGUACCAGAAACUGUUCAGCUCGGUGGACCUGUCAAGUUUGCUAAUGAAGUCAAUUAUGUCACUGAUAACAAGAAUGCUAUUACAAAAGAACAUCAGGAUUAGAUACUUAAAGAAAUCUAAACCUUAAUGAGAUAUAUCUUAGUAUAUGGAUAUAUUAUACAAGAUAUAAGAUAUAUAUAAAAUACAUUAUUUUUAGUUCCCAAAUGUGU